UUGGUGUUUAUUAUAUACUUUUGCCAUUACAGGUACAAAUUUCUGUUGUCCGACCGACUGGAUUGGCCAUACGGCAAGUGCGAGCUGGAGCAGGUGGAGUUCUCGUAUACGCGGUCAUCAAGAGGCAACAAAAUUGCAUGCGCAUACAUCCGGUGCUGUCCAGGGGCCAGGUACACGAUUCUGUUCAGCCACGGCAAUGCGGUCGACCUCGGCCACAUGAUAUCCUUCUACUACGGGUUGGGUGUGCGCAUAGGAUGCAAUGUGUUCAGCUAUGAUUACUCUGGCUACGGCUGCAGCAGCGGCAAGCCGUCGGAGAAGAAUCUAUACGCGGAUAUCAUGGCGGCGCUGAAUGCGCUACACAACCACUACCACCUUGACAACGACGCGAUCAUUCUCUAUGGUCAGAGCAUCGGUACCGCACCGACUGUCGACCUGGCGUCCAAGGUGCCGGUCGCCGCCGUUGUUCUGCACUCAGCGCUGAUGUCAGGCCUCCGUGUCGCGUUUCCCGAGACUCGGCGCACCUGGUGCUUUGACGCUUUUCCAAGCAUAGAAAAGAUCAAAAAGGUGCGAGCGCCUACGCUAGUCAUACAUGGUACCGACGAUGAGGUGAUCGAUUUUCACCACGGAUUGCAGAUCUACGAGAAGUGUCCGAAGGCCGUGGAGCCGCUAUGGGUGCAUGGUGCUGGCCACAACGACGUAGAGAUGAACCCCGUGUACCUCGACCGCUUGCGGCAGUUCAUCGAACACGAAAUCACGUCGUCGUCAUCGGUUAGCUCGUCGUGA